GAAGAAGAAGAAGAAGAAGAAGAAGAAGAAGAAGAAGAAGAAGAAGAAGAAGAAGAAGAAGAAGAAGAAGAAGAAGAAGAAGAAGAAGAGUCCGCCUCUGUCUUCUAUCACGUCCUCAGUGGAGAGUUAAAUCUCCGUGAAUCCAGCAGCGGCAUCAUUGAGCAGAAAACUGCAGAAGAGCGACGAUGUCCGGACGAGGCAAAGGAGGAAAAGGACUCGGUAAAGGAGGCGCCAAGCGGCACCGUAAAGUUCUCCGGGAUAACAUCCAGGGAAUCACCAAGCCCGCUAUCCGCCGUCUGGCUCGCCGCGGUGGAGUCAAGCGUAUCUCGGGUCUGAUCUACGAGGAGACCCGCGGUGUGUUGAAGGUGUUCCUGGAGAACGUCAUCCGUGAUGCCGUCACCUACACCGAGCACGCCAAGAGGAAGACGGUGACCGCCAUGGAUGUGGUGUACGCUCUGAAGAGGCAGGGCCGCACUCUGUACGGCUUCGGAGGUUAAAGUCAGCGAUCAUGCAGCACAACAAAGGUCCUUUUCAGGACCACACACCUCUGAUAAAGAGCUCGGUCCCACUAGAUCGUCAGUUCAAAUUUAUGUUUUAACAUGACAACAUGCAGAAACAAGACCUGGAUUAAAGCUAAAUAAACGUUUAUUUUAUAGCUGAUUGUUCCGACUAUUGUAACUAAUUUACAGGUCAAUAUUGUAACUCAUUCGGAUUUAAUAGGAUGUAAAAUUGAAUCAGUAUCUGUGAUUAGUCUGUAUUU